GACUUGGGGCGUUGGCAGCGGAGCCAGCCAGCGAGAUUACCAACGAGUUAACUCUUUUUUUCCCCUUGUCUCAGAAAAAAAGAAAGAAAACAGCGAGAGAGAGAGGUGCGCACGUUAACAAUUCCAAUACAAAGCUCUUCCAAGAUUGGGAAGCCUUUGAUGACCUAGGCAAAUUCUCCGAGCUUUCGGAAUAAUCGAUCCGAUUAGUUUCUUUCUUUUUCUGAAUUCUUUUCCGUUUUUGGCUUUGGGAGCUGAACCGCACCAUGUUCUUCGAGAAUAGCCUGCAUUUGGAGAUUUUGUUAGCUUUCUUUGCAAUGUAGGUAGAUUCGAUCGUUGUUCCCCUGAUUUUCUAUCUUUUUUUUUUUGUUUUUGCUUAUUGCGCCAUGCUGCUUUCCGCGUGGUAUGUUGCACUGGAAUCGUGGAGUUUUUGAGGAAUUUGAGCCUGUGAUGAUGCAGUUCUAGGGUUUCCUUUUUGUUUUACGAGUUGAAUGGUGUUUUGGUCGAGAACCUGGUUCGUGGCGUUUUGGGCUUUGGUUUUGCAACCUUGUGAGUCUAGGGCUUUUUAAGAGGAGUUUUGCGUUUAUGAUAAUGAUGGGGUAUGGAUGAAGGCAUCCCUUGUUUUCUUUGUUUCCACGAAUUGAAACACACUGUUGAGUAGCGAAGUGUUUCUUCUUCUUCUUCUUUUUUUCGUUCUGUUUCAAUGGGGGAAAGUUGGAGAUUAGUCUGUGGUAUUGGAUAUAUCUGGGGCUGUGAUUGUUUAAAUGUGUAUUGGGUAGUCUACUCCAAGGCAGCACUUGAUAUCGCAACUUGAAUGGCUGAUCCUCAGAAAAGUGGCAUUGCCGAGAGGGAUAUCGAGCAGGCUAUUACAGCUCUUAAAAAAGGGGCAUGUUUACUAAAGUACGGCCGUAGAGGGAAACCGAAGUUCUGCCCAUUCCGGCUUUCUAAUGAUGAGUCUUUUUUGAUUUGGUACUCAGGCAAAGAAGAGAAACAUGUGAAACUAAGUCAUGUUUCGAGAAUUAUUCCUGGACAGCGUACUGCAAUAUUUCAGAGGUAUCCUCGGCCAGAAAAAGAGUAUCAGUCAUUUUCACUAAUAUGCAGUGACAGAUCCUUGGACUUGAUAUGUAAAGACAAGGAUGAAGCUGAAGUUUGGUUUGUUGGUCUUAAUGCAUUGAUUACUCGAGACAACUACCGCAAGUACAAAAUUGAUGCAACAUGUGAAAAUGGAUCAAUAGAUAGUCCCAAUACUCGUACUCGAAGAAGUUCUCCUUCCAUUACACCAUUUGUCUGUAUCAAUAAUGAUCCGGGAGAUUCUGGAGUUAACUUUGACAAUGUUGCACAAAGUAGAUUGGGAAAGGCCUUUGCAGACAUCAUAACAUAUACUGCAGUCACCAAGCGUCUCAACCAACCUGAUCCAGUUGCCAAUCCUUCAACAUCACCUUGCUCUGUAGAUAACUCCAAUGGUCGAACUUCUGCAACAGAAGCAUUUCGAGUUAGCUUAUCUAGUGCUGUAAGCUCAUCCAGUCAAGGUUCUGGUCAUGAUGAAUUUGAUGCUUUAGGAGAUGUUUUCAUCUGGGGUGAAGGUAUUGGUGGUGGAGUUUUGGGUGGCGGUGUUCAUAGAGUUGGGAGCUCUUUUGAUGCUAAGAUGGAUGCUCUUCUACCCAAGGCAUUGGAAUCUACCGUUGUUCUUGAUGUGAAUAGUAUUGCUUGUGGUAGCAGACAUGCUGUGCUGGUAUCCAGACACGGAGAGAUUUUCAGUUGGGGAGAGGAGGCAGGAGGCAGGCUUGGUCAUGGCGUGGAAAUGGAUGUUUCCCAACCAAAGCUUAUUGAUACUCUUAGUGGCACAAACAUUGAAUUAGUAGCAUGCGGGGAGUAUCAUACUUGUGCAGUCACUUUUUCUGGAGAUCUUUAUACAUGGGGUGAUAGUACUCACAGCUCCUCCCUGCUUGGGCAUGGAAGUGAAGUUAGCCACUGGGUUCCUAAAAAGGUAUGUGGUAUUAUGGAAGGUAUACAUAUAUCAUAUAUCGCUUGUGGACUCUGGCAUACAGCUGUCGUAACCUCAGCUGGUCAGUUAUUUACUUUUGGAGAUGGCUCUUUUGGUGCCUUAGGGCAUGGUGAUCUUAGCAGCACAAGCAUUCCCAGAGAAGUGGAAACUUUGAGAGGGCUUAGGACAAUGAGGGUUGCUUGUGGUGUUUGGCAUACUGCUGCAGUAGUUGAAGUUAUAAAUGAGUUAUGUAGUCCUGAAACAACUGUUAACUCUUCAUCGGGCCAGCUGUUCACCUGGGGAGAUGGAGAUAAAGGGCAACUUGGACAAGAUGAUAAGAAGCCCAGACUUAUUCCUGAAUGUGUAUCUGCUUUGGUUGACAAGAAAAUUCGUCAAGUUGGCUGUGGUCAUACUAUCACAAUUGCUCUUACAACAUCAGGACAAGUAUACACAAUGGGAAGUACUGUUUAUGGGCAGCUGGGCAAUCCUUCAGCCGAUGGAAAAGUUCCUACUCAAGUUGAAGGUAAAAUUGCAGAAACCUUUAUCGAAGAGAUUGCCUGUGGUUCUUAUCACGUUGCAGUAUUGACCUCCAAGACAGAGGUCUAUACUUGGGGAAAGGGUUCAAAUGGGCAAUUAGGCCAUGGAGACAACGAUCACAGAGAUACACCUACUCUUGUUGACUUUCUUAAAGAUAAGCAAGUAAAGAGUCUAGCAUGCGGUUCUAACCUUACAGCUGUUAUUUGUCUUCAUAAAUGGGUUUCUGGUGCCGAUCAUUCUGUAUGCUUUGGUUGUCAUAGUCCUUUUGGAUUCAGAAGAAAACGUCACAAUUGUUACAAUUGUGGAUUAGUCUUUUGCAAAGUAUGCAGCAGUAAGAAAUCUAUGAAAGCUGCCCUGGCUCCCAAUGUUAACAAACCAUAUCGAGUGUGUGAUGAUUGUCAUACCAAACUAAAACAAGCCAUGGAAACAAAUUCUGCACUGCGAAACUCUAAGGUUAGAAAUGGAAAUGCCCGUCGUAAAACCAAUGACGUGGCUGAAAGAGAGAGUCGAGCUCCUAGAUUACAGACAACACUCUCUAGAUUCUCAUCUUUUGGCUCAAUAAAUCAAGCUGAAAGCUUGCAUUCCAAGAACGAGAAUCAAUUCGAAUCCAAUAUUGGCCGUGUCUUUCCUCCUCUUAAUGGAGCUACUCUAAGAGAUUUUGAUUUUUCUACAGCAUCAAAUUCUCUGGUUGGAGGUCCAAAGAAAGUUAUAUCAGCUUCUGUUCCUGUCUCCAGAUUGAUGUCACGAGCAACAUCUCCUGCUUCUGGAAAGUUAAGCCCACCUUGGUCUUCUGAAGAAACAGAUUUGAAGCGUACAAAUAAUAUUUUAAGCCAAGAAAUUUUAAUGUUGAGGGCACAGGUAGAAGAUCUUUCUUGCAAAUCUCAAAAUCUUGAGGUUAAAUUGGAGCAAACAACAAAACAAUUGGAGGAGGUGACUACAAUAGCAGUAGAUGAAGUGGAAAAGUGCAAAUCUGCGAAGAACAUUAUAAAAUCUUUAACUGCUCAGUUGAAAGACAUCGCUGAAAGAUUUCCAGAAGUACAUAAAGUGAGCUCUAUUACAGACUUAAAUGCUGGAGGCACCGCCAAAUUUUCAAACGACUUAUCAACUAAGACCACUGCGUCAAACACUAAUACUCCUGAAAGAGAGUACAAUGGCGUUGUUAUUAAUCGAAACUCCCCUAAUGGAUCUAAAUCACAAACUGGAAAAGCAGAGUGGGUGGUACAAGAUGAACCUGGUGUUUACAUAACUUUAUCCUCUUUGCCAAGCGGGGGUAAUGAACUCCGGCGGGUUCGGUUCAGUCGAAAACAUUUCACUGAGGAGCAAGCUGAAAAUUGGUGGACUGAAAAUGGGGCUAGAGUAUGUGAAAGAAACAACGUACGAAGUACAGAGUAAUGUGCUGCUAGCAUGGUGAAAAAGAGAAAAAAGCAAGACGAUAUGACUAUUUGGUAUAAUUUCUCCCUGGAAACUGUAAAUUUUCCCCCUUAAUCUUCCAGUGGAGUUCACCUGAAGAAGCUGGGAUCAGAACCUAGCUAUUAGAUGGUACUUUCAGAAUAUCCAGUGUAGGAGGUAAUGUUUUUCAAAGGAACAGAGAAUGUAAAGAUGAAAAAUUCUUUUUUGACGAAUUUAGAGUCUAUUUUCCUUUUAUUUUAAUCCUCUAACGAGAUUCUGCUUGUCAUUGUUGGUAGUCUGUAGCGUUGCCUUUUUUUAACUUUUGAAAUAUCCAGUUUAGUACUCAACAAUUAUCAAAAUUUUCAGUUUAUCUUU